AUGCUUCUCCUUUCCAUUUCUUUCUUUCUUCCACCAUUUUUCUCUCUCCCUCCUCUUCUAUUAUGUUGCUAUCUAUUUGAGUUCGUUCAUUCUCUAUCUAUUUGUCUGCAUGUUCAUAUCUCUUUAUCUAUCUAUCCAAGUCUGUUCCUAUCUAGGUUGAUAUCUAUUCUGUUCAUAUCUAUCUAUCCAUCUAUCUAUCUAUCUAUCUAUCUAUCUAUCUAUCUAUCUAUCUAUCUAUCUAUCUAUCUAUCCAAGUCUGUUCAUAUCUAUCUAUCUAUCUAUCUAUCUAUCUAUCUAUCUAUCUAUCUAUCUAUCUAUCUAUCUGUUUGCCUUUUCCACAUUCUAUCUAUCUAUCUCACCCAGUUUGUCCAUAUCUAUCUAUCUAUCUAUCUAUCUAUCUAUCUAUCUAUCUAUCUAUCUAUCUAUCUAUCCCAGUCUUUUCAUAUCUAUCUAUUUCAGUCUGUUCAUAGCUAUCUAUCUAUUUCAGUCUGUUCAUAUCUAUCUAUCUAUCUGUUCAUAUUUAUCUGCACAUCAAUACAAAAAUGCACUGAUUCUGAAAUGAGAAUAUUCUUAUAA